AUGUACUCGACAUUCCAAGAGCCGCUUGAGCAUGGCGGUUCGUCGUUUGCAGGAAGCUCAACAAAGAUGGGCAUCAAAGCGAUUACUCAUAGCGACAGUUGUACACCAAGGAAACUUUCAGACGACAUCCCUUCCAUUAUGCUCCCUAAGCCCAUGGUCCACCCUCAAACCCCACCAGAAUCAACAUCAAGUAGUCCACGAUUGAAGCUUGAGGCUCCCUUUCCGAGCAUCUCUAGAGACUGUUCUCCUCUUCCCGGUGUUGCUCGCUUAGACAGCCCAAGAAGCUGCUCCCUGGUGCGGCUUCCUAGCCUCGAGGAAUUUGAUCUUGGUGUUGAGGCUCUUGCAAGGUCUUACGGUCCUGCUCGUCCUUACACCCCCCCCUCGCCACUCCCCAGCCUGAGGCGAAGCUCUAUCCUUCCCCAGCCUUUACCUCCACUGCAAGCAUACGUUUCCCAGGACCAUUAUGCUCCUUAUCAUAUGAAUGAUGCAUAUGUGCAUGGCGUCUCUGGCCUAGAUGGAUACCCCAGCCCUCCUCCGGACGGCGAGAACAGACACAUCAAUCAGAAGUAUACCACCGAGGAAGGAGAUUUCAUCAUUUACGCCUGGCACGACAAGAAGCUGAAGUGGCAACGUAUUAAGCAAGAUUUUGCUGCCAUGUUUGGCCGAACGCCCGAGAGAACUGUACAAGGUCUACAAGCUUGGUACUACCGUAUGAACCAGAGGAUUCCUCUCUGGGAUCAGGAUGGCUGGUUAAUCUUUGACAAUGAGGAUGAUCUGGAGCCCAAGCACAUUAGCAUCAAGUGCCGUGAAAGAGACAGCCAAGACAAACCGAUGGAGCCGCUUGGAUUGGCCCAACGCUAUCCUGAACGCGCCAUCCAUUAUUCCUGGGUUGACCCUGAGCUGAAGCGGAAGUCUCAAGACUGGGCCGCAAAGCGCGCGAUGCAGUACCGUGACAGGCGAGAGCGAAGAAAGAGAAAGGAGCAAAGACGUCUCAAGCUCUAA